CAGUUUCAUGGAGGGGAUUCCUAGCACUUCUCUCGCCUUAUUCAUCACUGGAAAAUGAAGAGGACCCAGAUGAAGAUGAUGAUGUAGCAAAUAUAUAUGUAUGGUAUUAAUAUUUCAAAGAGAAACAAUUGAUUUAAUACCUUGCUGGUCAUCCCCUUUUAUCUUCUAAUGUUUAUUAAUCUAGGAGGUUCUGUUAAGCUCUCAACAUAUGCUAGGUCCAGGCAACAUGUUGCUAGCAAAAUUUGUGGAACUUUAAAUUAUGUAAGCAACAUCUUGCCAGAAAUAGCAGCAUGUUGCUUACAAGACCAAAGCAACCACAAAUGUUGUUAGUGACAUGUUGCCUAGUGUAUGCUGGGCUUUAAGUAUUGGCCUAAAGAAUACUCACAUCAGGUCCAGAAAUUGCAAUGGAAUGAGGGGUCAUGGCAUCGUUAAUAAUAUUCAUUGAAGUUUAAGUAUAUUCAUUAUUAUUAAUUGAAUAUUUCUAUGGUUACAAUGGCGAGAUUUUCUGCAGGGAAGACGAGUGGCUAUUAUAGUGGUAUUUUUUGUGCUACAGAGGUAGCUCAAGAGCCAUUAGACAGUACUGAUUGUGAGGAUGUAUAUGAAGUGGAGAGACUCGUGGAAAGCAAGACAAGAAGAGGCAAAACUUACUACUUAGUGCUUUGGAAGGGCUUUCCAAAGGAGGAAUCUUUUUGGGUGUUAUCCAGUGAUGUCACAGAAUUUGCAAAAAGGAUGUAUGAAAAUCCCUGUCCUGGCAAUAGAAUUACAAUGGACUCUGUCAGUGAUCUAGUAGCAGAAAUACAUAAAAGUCUAUCAAAAGGAUUGUUGAAAAACAACUCAUUUAGUUUACCGUUCCAACGACAUGUCUUUAAUUACUUGUUUCAACAGAGAGGAAAGAAAGUCAAGAAUAAACCAGGAAGACUUUAUGAAAGAUCUGACUUUUCUUCACAAUAUUUUAGUGAUGACAACUUCAGUUAUUUCAACAAGGAAGGAGAAGGGUGCUUUGUACUCUUCCCAAUAUAUAUGUACAGUUUUGUACAGUUUAGUCACCCCCAUUAUGAUAGUGCUAAGAAUCUUUGUAAGAGAAACUUUACUGAGACUUUAAGAAUUAAACUUGUAAAAUCACGUUCCUAAUAAUUGUUUAUUACUUAUAAUGACUUGUACAUCAU